AUGUCACGUCUGUGCAGCGAUCCUAGGUAUAACGAGGUUAUGAGAACGCAGUGUCCAAGGACGUGUGGUUUUUGUGGAGUUGGAGGAACGACCUUUGCACCUCCACUAACAGGAGUAUGUCAAGAUCUUGUGAAUCCUGCGACAGGAAAAUCCGAUUGUGGAUCGCGUGUCUCGCUUUGCAAGGAUCCGAUCUAUCAAACGCUUAUGAGCCAGCAAUGUCCAAGAACUUGCGGUUACUGCUAUCAGUAG